ACCUAGAUUAUGUAAAGCAUUUCAUUUUCAAGAUAUUUUUGUUUAGGAUUAGUUGAAUAAUCCAUAUGAAAUUAUUAAGAUCUUCUUUAUAUUAUUGUUAUUUGAAUAACGGUAUUUGUCGUAGUGGUUUGCUCCUCAGGCUGCGCAAGGCUGUCAUAGCCAGGACAGUUAUCUGGGAGAGGGAGGGACAACAUGGCGUCCGAGCAGGAAAUCUCAAACACACCACUGAAGAAGUCCAUGAGGGAGAAAGCUAUUGAGCGCAGGACAGCAAAUAAAGAACACAACAGUAAUUUUAAGGCUGGAUAUGUUCCUAUUGAAGAGGAGAGGCUCCAUAAGACCGGACUGAGGGGUCGUAAAGGCAUCAUUGCCAUCGCCAUCAUCAUUCUACUUUUUCUGCUUGCGCUUAUCAACCUCAUUAUAACUCUGGUGAUAUGGACGGUGAUACGGAUAGGACCUGGAGGCUGUCAAAGUAUGGAGUUUCACGAGAGCGGACUGCUACGCUUCAAACAGAAGGCCGAUAUGGGCGUGGUCCAUCCACUGCACAAGAGCACAGUGGGCGGUAGGAAAGACCAGAACCUUGUCAUCACAGGCAACAAUAACCCGGUGGUUUUCCAGCAGGGCAACACUAAGUUAAGCGUGGAGGAAGACAAGACGUCUAUCGUCAGUGACUUGGGCAUCUCAUUCACUGACCCCCGCACUCAGACCACUUUCUUUAGCACUGAUUUUGACAACCAUGAGUUCCACUUGCCCAAAGAGGUCAAAGUUCUCAAUGUGAAGAAAGCCUCUACUGAGAGAAUCACCAGUAAUGCGUCCUCUGACCUCACUAUCAAAGGAGAUGGUAAAGCCAUUAUUCGUGGCAAUGAGGGAGUGUACAUCAUGGGCAAAACUGUGGAGUUCAACUUGGGUGGGGACAUUGAGCUGAAAGCGGAAAACAGCAUCAUUCUGAAUGGAUCGGUGAUGUUUAGUCCAUCACAUAUACCCAACUCGUCUCUAGGCGGAGACCUGUAUUUCAAUGAUAGGCAGGAAAGGUAUAAACUGUGCAUGUGUGCAGAUGGGACCCUGUUCAGAGUGCAGGUCAAAUACUCCAACAUGGGCUGCCAAACCUCCGACAACCCCUGUGGAGCAGCGCACUAAUGAGAGAAGAUUACUAAUGAAAAACACAUCUCAUCAUGUCAGUUAACCACUUAAAAUAAACUGCCAAAGAUACAGAGAUGAAAACGUGUGUUAUUACAAACAACCAAGAAAAACUGGGUCUAACCCUUUACAAGAACACACCCUUCUGCACACCCACACACUUUAUUGGAGGUUUCAGACACACAUACUGCACACCUCUAUGAUCAUAAUUACUCUCUUAUAAUCAGAUAAACUCAGCCAACCCACAAUUUUAUGUAAUUGGCCGAGAGUUCCCUGUGCAUUAUCAUUGGCUCAUAUCAGUGUUGUAUAGC